CAUGAUCCCUUACAGUCGUAACGGUAUCUAGACAGCGUCCCUAUAUAAACAUCGUCACUGCUCCAGAUUUGCAGAACAAUGCUCAGACCUACUUGUCACUGCAUAUCCCAUACAAGGUGAUAUCCUGCAGUGUCGUGCUAAUUUAGUGUUGCAAUCAUUCAGAAGCUUUAAGAACAGGAAUAAUGAAAGGAUGGAGGUCGUGGAUAACAAUUCUCGCCAUGGUUGCCGUCCUGAUUGUCCAAGUUCAGGAGUGCGAAUCCUUUCGUUCAACUCCAGCUGUGUCAAUUCUGAGUGACACUGGGAGUGACGUGAAAGUGCGUUGCCAGUCAGGAGAUGAUGAUCUGGGAACCAGGAACCUGAAGCACGGACAUCUCUGGCACUGGGAAAUUACUCCCAACAUCAAAGGCACAACUCUAUUCUUCUGCAGUUUCUGGUGGUGGAAUGAAGACAAAGGACAAGUCAUGCAUGCCAUGUUCCCCGUAUGGAGCAUGAAUGUAGUCAAGAGAUAUCGCUUUGAUCCAGCAGCGUGGAAAGUGGAGAAAGAUGGCUUCUGGUUCUACAAACCACGCUGGAGCAAAUGGGAGAAACGACACGACUGGAACACAAAACUUUGAGCCUGUUUCAUGGGUUUGAUCUCCAAUUUUGGUAGCUCUUUCGAACAAUUCGUACAAGGCUCGCCCGUGAUGAUGCACAAGACGGGGCUGCAAGCCCCCGACACAUAAUCGGGCUUAUUAUACGCACAAUAGAAAGUCCAUACUGCUUUUUUUACCCCAUGUGUCCCUCAUACAUGCAAAUCGUUGAAACCUUCGACUCCAGGACCUUACUUCUGUUACUUCUUGCAGUUGCUAGCCAUGUGGAAGAUUCUAUCUUCUUCCUUGAUCCGACUGUUAUAUCAUGGUUGAGACUUUUUCCUAUCACAGAAGAACGCUGAUGUAAAGAAACACCUACGAGCUCACCUGUUUCCAACAAUAAUUAUAUCAUGUUCAAGAUGUGAUUUAUAUUUCUAAAAUAAAGGAGUUGCUUG